GUAUCUAAUCGUGCUGUUUUACACUUAACUGCAAGCAGUGCUAGGAAAUAAUGGACUAUGUGUGAUCAAAUCGGCUGUCUUGGAUUCUAAAAGUUUCAUAUCCCCAGAGGAGCAGCUGUUCUGAUGUGGAGAGCCAAUGGUAAGAUAGUUACGGCAUGUUUAUUGUCCCUGGGUAACCCCUGAGAUGAACUGCUUGAGUAUGGGAGCAGAAACAGAGUCAGCAGACGUGCAGAGGAAGGAAAAGAAAGCCCAAAAUUGGAGGCUUACGAGAAAUGAAGAAACAGUGUGGAGCGCUCAGAGACUGAGAGGGACAAGUGUCGUGGAAGGUGGAGCUUCUGUCGAACAGGAGGUACGAAAAGAAACAGAGUAGUUUGGGUUGUGGGCCCAGCCCAGCUCUAUGAGGGAUGCUAGCUUGGAGUUCCUCCAGUCUAAGGUGUUACACAGUAGAAAACCAUGGGCAAUUUUAAAGGCCAUGCCCUCCCUGGAAGCUUUUUCCUUCUUUUUGGCUUGUGGUGGUCAGUGAAAUACCCCCUGAAGUAUGUAUGUCGAAAGAACAAGAGCGCUUGCUACCUGGGCUCCAGGGCAGGAUUUCAGCGCCUGGAAUUUGUUGAGGGCAUCAUCAAGGCUGUCUUUGCCCUGAUUGGAAUGGUGGCUGAGCAGUUUGUUCCUGAUGGACCUCACCUGAAGUUGUAUAAUUACGAGGAAAAGCACUGGGAUCACUUGAUGAACUGGCAGCAUGCCACCAUGUAUCUCUUUUACGGCAUUUCAGGCUUGGUUGACAUUGUGGCUCAUGGGACUAACGCCUUGCCAGUGGCCAUGGACAGGAUGAUGCUUUCCUUAGCAGUUUUUAUUGAAGGUUUUCUUUUUUGCUACCACCUUCAUGGGAGAGCCAUGCUGGAUAUUCAUGUUCAUCAGUUAUUGCUGUAUGCUGUCUUUGGAGGUGCAAUUUGCAUAUUUCUGGAAGUUUUCUUCCGUGGCAGUAUUGUUCUCGAGAUGCUCCGUACAAGCCUCUGCAUAUUACAGGGCAGCUGGUUCUGGCAGAUCGGCUUUGUUCUUUAUCCUCCAAAUGGGAGCCCAGAGUGGAAUCAAAUGGAUCAUACCAACAUGAUGUUCCUGACCAUGUGCUAUUGCUGGCAUUAUGCUUUUGCUUUUCUUAUACUUGCAGUGAACUACACAAUUGUCAGCUGGGCAGUUCGGUCAAAGAUUAAGCAGUCCCAGUCCAUGGAAAUGGGAUUACUGAAAACAUCUGAACGGGAUCAAGAGUCAGAAGAUGAAAUCUAGUAUGAAUAUGGCUUGACUAGUUUGCCAGCUCUACCAUUAGGCUAAUUGAUACCUCAUUUCUCGAAUUGUUUACCAUCUUGUUUGCUCUUUACUACAGCUUGCUAUGGAAAUAUCAUCCCCUAAGAACUGUCUACAUCUACACAGUUAAUUUUUAUUUGUGGAGGGUAAGCUUGGUAUUGAUUUGCGUUGGUUCCACUAGUACCUUGCUUAUCACAUGCCUUAGUGAAAAACAGACUAAUAUUUGACAUGCUCAGACUGAGUGAAGUGGCAUUACCAAGUCUGUGUGUUAGACUCAUUAAAAGCUAAGCAAAAUGUUUUCCAUCUGCUGCUGAACGAAUGGAUUUGUUUCUGCAAUUAGGGUGUCCAAAUAAGUGCGUUUCUUGAACUGCAAACAGCACAGUGCAUAAACAAAUCUGCAGACCUGGAAGAGAGUAGAACAACAUACAAAAUCAUAGCCUUGCAGCUGUCUUUUAUAACACAUUCACAUCUUUGCUUGUGGCUUUAAGUUAAAUGGAAAGAACUACUCACAGCAAAGCCCUUCAGCAUUUCCUUGAACAGCGUGCUGUGUGUUCACUCCUAAACUUCUGUAGGAGGACCAGAGGGGUGUACAGUAAAUAAAAACCACUGCAGUUAUUCCCUCCUGCGCCUAGAUAGUUCUGCCUCUUUGCUAUCAUUUGGCUUUGAAAUGCAGUGAACUGACUCUGCUUUUCCUCAGCACACAGAGCAGCUUCUUUACUAGAAAAGUUGUCCUGCCUCAGCCCCUGGCCGAAAAGGCAGUUCCUUUCUCCAGGCUAUUUCCUUCCCUUAGGUGGGAUUUGGUGCAAUUUCAACAAGGAUUGGGGGCAGACGUGUCUGUACCCAGCACCUGGAUCAGGACUAAGUGAUGCUGAAUUGUGAGGUGAAUGAGAUCGAUUUGCACCUCAUCCCACAAAUGCUACAGCGUGAAACAGUGAACAGUGCAAGAGCAGAGGUUUGCUUCAGAGUAGUUCUGUGCUCAGCUGGCCACUGCACUCUCUGUAUAAUAAUACAAAAAAUUCCUUUUUUUUUUUUUUUUAAAUUGCAUUUAUUUUUUCUGCUGAAAAAGCUGCAGCCAGGCCUGGGGUGCCUUCCCCAGCACUCAGACUCACUUGGGACGUGCUCCAACCUCAACAGUUGCAAUAGCGAAAUAACUGAUACGUGGCAGAAGGCUGCAGAAAAGUGAGUGAGCACACUGCCCCCGUGGGGCUAACUCCUGCAGCCUGACUGGCUCUCCCAAAAUCUUACAAAACCUGGCCUCAGCAGCCGGGCAGCAUAUGCUCAUUUUCCAGGGGUCUGAUGACAGGAGAUGGUCAUGGGUGAUGAUGCAUGGUGAGCUGUGGUGAGGUGGCUAUUCUGGAAAAUAGCUUCUAGCAUUUAGAAUAUUCCUCCUGAAAAUACUAUUUUCUAGUUGCUGAUGCAGGAGUUUUGUUCAAAUAAUACUGGGUUUGGUGCUGCAGAAGUGUUCUGUUUUUCUGCUGUUUCCAUAUUUUCCUAAGGGAAUGCAGCACUGGGCUCUGGAAGAUGAAUGAGAGUUGUAGGGUCUGGCCCCUCCAGUUUCACCAGAAGAAUGAGUAACAAAAAAUUACUAAUUGUGGUAAGCUGAUUGCUUGAAAAGAUGAGCGAAAACAUAGUUUUUAGCUCAAGGGGAUCUCAGGACUCAGAAGAAAAAGGACCUCAGGACUCAGAAAAAAAAAAAAGUACUAAAGAUUUUUUCUAAAGCUAUUUUACUUCAUUUAUAAGAUUUUUCCUUUUGUCUCCUUUCUUCCAAAAAGAAUUUUCCUUAGCUGCAUGAGCUGUUAAUGCUGAAUUUUAGAACAUCAGGUUUACCAGUGCCUCUCUAAAAUAAACAGGGUCAUUUAUUUUGAAGGAGAUCUUCAGAAAGAACUUUGCUUCUCAUAGGCAGAAAGAGUGCAAGUUUUUCCAGUGCUUUUCUUGAUAAGUCCGGUUAAUACUGUACAAAUAUUAAGGUGCUGCAUCUCUAAACUAAAGUGAAAACCUAAGCAGGAAAAAGUGUGUUAAACUGGCUGAGUUUUGAUAUCUCUUCUUAGAAGAGUUCAGUUGUUCAUUUUCUAAAUUAUUUUAGAUCUUUCUUCACCGAGUAUCACGACACUUGAAAGUAGUGUCAGAUUAUCAGUCUGAAUCUACUUCAGGAAGUAAAACUGGCUGCCUCCUAGACAUUUCUGUGUUUACAAAUGUAAACUGGGAAACUGCAAAUAUAUAGUCAAAUAUCACAGUUUUUCUUAUUGUUUGCUCUUCUUUACUAUCUUUCUCUGAAGUGUCUUGGAGAUUUUGGCAAACUUUGACAAAGCAUGUCUCAGGACAUCAUUGUAAACUACUUAUCGGUAUGGCAUUUUUGUAGCUCUGUGUCUCGAUUUUGCAGCAGUUUUACUGUAAACUCUGAAGGGAUGGAUAUUUACUUCCCUCUGCAAAUCUAAGACUUGAGUUUCAUUACCAAAGUUCUAUUACAAUCAAAUUUUCUGUUGGCAUAAGGGGAAGGAUCCGUUGGUUUGCUGAGGAGCUUGCCUGCUAAUAGCAUCGGAGCUACCUAGGCCAAGUGCAGCAUAUCACUGCACCCAGCUGUAACCAAGUACUCACUCAUUGCACUACAUGGCUGGGUUGUAAAGCUUCUGCAGUGCUGGGAAAUAGAGAAGAUUGUUACUUAUCGAAGAGAACCUGGGGAAUGUUACAAAAGUCUAUCUCGGUGAGCCAGCAUCAGUUGGCAAAGUGACAGGUCCUCAUGGGAUUCAGUCACCUGAGCGAGCUGUGAAUGUAGAAGCUACUUAGCAGAAUCCGACUUUUUCAGAAGCAGAAAGUGCCAGUACUCGGCCUUAAUGGCCAGAAGAGCUUCCAGCUGCCGCUGUUCCUCUUGCGACCACCUCAGCCUUGUGAGUCUGGUUUUGUCCCAGUGUCCAGAUGUUAUUCCAGCAGUGUUUGUCUGUCUGCUUGUUUUCUUGUGAGGGAGCCUUGGCAGAGCUCAGCCUGCUGAGGUAUAUAUCUCCUGCAUCUAUCUCUCCGUGUCCCCCUGUGGUGAAUCCCCUGUAAAUGAUCAGAGACCACCAGACACACCUGCUGGUUGUGGUGCUGCUGUGCUUAGCAAAGGUGCCUCUAAAGAAGCCUGAAAUGGAGGUGAGUGCAGUCUCUGACCAAGAACUGUAGGACGGAUUGCUUCCAAAAUCUCUCUCUGUGUAAGAGAAGGUAGCAUUGUAUUACUAGACUUGAAGAAAUGCUAGUAGAACAGGUCCUGAAGUCUUAAAGAAAGAGCAGUCUCUUGGAUUUGCUUUUAAUACAUAGAGUGUUACGGCGGGAUUCUGUGCCUAAUGUACCACAAAGGACAGAAACAACCAUUUCAGGGUGGGUUUUCCUUAUGCAGAACAUCUGACUCAGUCUUUUCAGGUGUUAUUCAAAACAGAUGUCCAAGAACAGGAGGGUGCCUGUAUGGUGGAAAGGGUAUGACCGUUGGCAUUUCGCUAGCAUCGGGUUUUGCUGGAAUUGCAAACUUGUCAGACUUCACUCAUGCAAACACCACUCAGAAAAAGGUAGCUGCUCUCAAGAGAACUUAAAUUAUUGUUAAACAUUGGUGCCUUUUAAAAACUGUAUGGUGAUGUAUAAUAGACAAGAUA